CCCGCGGGGCGCCGGGGACUCGGCGCCGGCUCGGACGCGGGACCGACGGGCGCCGGCUCGGCGCGCUGGAAGAUGCACAGAGCAGACUCGCCAAAACCACCCGUCGCGCCCAAACCCAAGGCCGCCAGCUCCUUCACCCCCGUGACGACGCCCAAGUUCCCCGCGUCACCCCGGCCCGAGGGUCUUCACAGCCCCAACUCCAUGUCCAGGGGCCCGAAGCCCCCCAUCGCCCCGAAGCCCAGGCUGGCGGCCCCCCACGAGUGGCGGGCCAGCGUGUACGUGAUCGGCAGCUUGAACAAAUGCAGCAACGGGAGGCUGCUGUGCGUGGACGCCGGCCUGUUCCAGGACCCCCGGCCCGACCAGGAGCGCGCCCAGGCCGAGGCGGACGGCGGCUACGGCGGGGACCCCGGGGCCCUGCCCAGGGACUGCGAGCCCCAGGAGCAGGAGCCCGCAGAGAAUGCAGGGGAGACGCCCCCCAGCCCCGCGGGGGAGGACACCCCUGGAGCUGCUGAGGAGACCCCGGGGGCAGAGGCUGACGAGGGCGGGGGCGCGGACCCCACUGAGGACGAGACCCCCGUGGAAGAGGCUGACGAGGGCGGGGGCGCGGACCCCGCUGAGGACGAGACCCCCGUGGAAGAGGCUGACGAGGGCGGGGGCACGGACCCCCCUGAGGACGAGACCCCGGUGGAAGAGGAUGGUGCGUGUGACUCCAGCCUAGAGGAGCAGCUGGUCAGAGGGCAGCACAGCCCCCAGCACCUGCAGGACGGGGACCCUCGGGACGGAGAGGAAUCCUGGGGUGAUGUCGUUCUCGCUCACAACUACGCAGAGGCUCCAGCAGAGGAGAAGCAGCCCCCUGAGACGCCCCUGGAGGAGGAGGAGGAGGAGGAAGAGGAGGAGGAGAAGGAGGAGGAGGAGCAGGAGCAGGAACAGGAGGAAGAGGAGCAGCAGGAACAGGAAGAAGAGCGGCAGGAGCAGGAGGAGGAGGAAGGGGUCCCCGAGGAAGGCCGUGUGGACGCAGAGCCAGACCUACUGGAGCACGUGAAUUCCGAUGGCCUGGCCGAGGGGGCUGGCGAGGACGUCGGCGAGGAGCAGCCCCCCGCGGGGGAGGCGGCCACGGCCACAGACUGCCCCGAGGUGUCCGAGGAGCAGGAACAUGAAGGUGCCCCCGGCACUGAUCAGCAGAAUGACCAGGAGGAAGCCCUGGAACGAGGGGAGAAGCAAGACCCGGAAGUGCUGGCCGGGGGCUCCCAGGAGGCGGGAGAAGACCCCCGCCCGGGCAUGGAUGCCCCGGAAGAGGAAGCGGCAGAGGACAGCUGCCAGAUCGUCCCUUUCGAGAGCGAUGGUCUGGACGAGCUGGUGGCCGCGCUGCCCGGAAGCCCCUACCCCUUCCUGCCCACCGAGAGCACGUCCUUCUGCGGUGACAGCUGCUGCCCGCCCGUGGCGUGCGGCGGCGUCGGGGCCGGGCGGGACCCCGUGGCCGACCCCGCGCGUGUGUCCCUGCAGGGUGGCGCCUCGGAGGGGCCCCCGGUCCCUGGCGUGGUGCUCCUGCCCGAGACCCCCGACUCCCUCAGCAACCCUUACGAGCUGGGCGCUCCCGAGCCUGCCGGCGCCCUGAGUGGGCAAGAAGAGGUGACCUCGGACGCCGAGGGCGGCCUGGCCCCCCUGGACAGGAAGAACCUCAUGACGCGGGCCCGGCCGCACUCCGGGAAGCUGGCCGGCUGCGUCCCGGAAACCGUCCCGGAAGAAGCGGGGCCGGAGGCGGCCUUGCCAGCCCUGGGCCUCCGAGGCGGCCCCGAGGAGGCCAGGAGGCCCGUCCUGCCCGUGGAGGGGAAGCCGGCGGCAGACUCGGGCAGGGCGCUGCCCGCCAAGCCCAGGGCCUUCCCCCUGUACCCGCGCUCGCUGUCCGUGGAGGGCCGGGAGCUCCCCGUGUCGGCCUUCCGGGAGCCCGAGGGCUGCGGCCUGGACGAGCGCUGGAUGCCCCGCAAGGAGGACAACCUGUCGCUGCCCUGCGUCAUCGGCUCGUCGGGCAGCUUCUCCCAGAGGAACCACCUCCCGUCCAGCAGCGGCACGUCCACGCCCUCGUCCGUGGUGGACAUCCCCCCGCCCUUCGACCUGGCCUGCAUCACCAAGAGGCCCAUCACCAAGAGCUCGCCCUCCCUGCUCAUUGGGGGCGACCCCGCGGACAAGCAGCCCAAGAAGAAGAAGUCGUCGUUCAAGCGCUUCCUGGCGCUGACCUUCAAGAAGAAGUCGGAGAGCAAAGGCCACGGGGACGCCCACGGCUCCUCGUCCCGCUCCUCGUCCGAGUCCAGCUACCACGGGCCGGCGCGGCUCCUGGAGCUGGACCGCGGCAGCCUGGGCAGCUCCCCGCAGCUCAAGGCGCGGGCCGGCAAGCUGCGGGCCUGCGACUCGCCCUCGUCCCUCAUCUUCUGCAGGGACGGCAAGCGCAAGGGCGUCCCCUUCAGCAGGACCGUGUCCCGGGUGGAGUCCUUCGAGGACCGCUCCCGGCCCCCCUUCCUGCCCCUGCCCCUCACCAAGCCCCGCUCCAUCUCCUUCCCCAAUGCCGACACGUCCGACUACGAGAACAUCCCGGCCAUGAACUCGGACUACGAGAACAUCCAGAUCCCGCCCCGGAGGCCGGCGCGGGCCGGCACGUUCACCAAGCUGUUCGAGGAGCAGAGCCGAGCCCUGUCCCUGUCCGCCGCCAACGAGAACGACGGCUACGUGGACAUGAGCAGCUUCAACGCCUUCGAGAGCAAGCAGCAGGGCGCCGACCCGGACGCCGAAAGCGCCUACACGGAGCCGUACAAGGUGUGCCCGGUGCCCACGGCGGCCCCCAGGGAAGACCUCAGUUCGGACGAAGAACAGGGGAGCUCGGAGGAGGAGGACGGCGCUCUGAGGGACCCCAACCUCGCCCAUAAGGGAGACGGCCAGUCCCGUGCCCACGUCAUCGCCCAGGAGCUGCUGGCGUCCGAGAGAGCGUACGUGGACACGCUCCAGCGCCUGGACCUGGAUUUCCACGGCGCUGUGCUGAGGGCACUGGACGAGAUGGACCAGGAGGGCAAGGACUCGCCCGGCCGGGAGGAGCUGCGGCGCGGCCUGGCCGAGCUCCCGGCCCUCCACCGGCUGCACCGCAGCAUCCUGCAGGCGCUGGAGGCGAGGCUGCUGCACUGGGACAGCCAGCAGAAGGUGGCCGACAUCUUCCUGGCCCGGGCCGAGGCCUUCGAGCACCACACCGCGCACGUCCUGCAGUUCGACAGGUACCUGGGGCUGCUGGGCGAGACGUGCCUGCUCUCGCCCCGGCUGGCGGCCGCCGUCCGCGAAUUCGAGCAGGGCCUGCCCGGAGGCGGCUCGGCCGUGAAGCCCCGGCUGCUGAGGGUGGUGCAGCGCCUCUUCCAGUACCAGGUGCUGCUCACAGACUACCUGAACAACCUCUGCCCCGACUCAGCCGAGUACGAGGACACGCAGGGCGCCCUGACCCUCAUCUCCUCAAUCACCGACCGCGCCAACGACAGCAUGGAGCAAGGGGAAAACCUGCAGAAGCUGGUCCACAUCGAGCACAGCGUCCGGGGCCAGGGCGACCUCGUCCAGCCAGGAAGGGAGUUUCUGAAGGAAGGGACGCUCAUGAAGGUGGCCGGGAGGAGCCGGCGGCCCCGGCACCUGUUCCUGAUGAGCGACGUGCUCCUGUACACGUACCCCCAGAAGGACGGGAAGUACCGGCUGAAGAACACGCUGAAGGUGGCCGGCAUGAAGGUCAGCCGCCCUGUGAUGGACAAGGUGCCCUACGCGCUCAGGAUCGAGACCCCGGAGUCCUGCCUGACUCUGUCUGCGAGCUCCUGUGCCGAGAGGGACGAGUGGCACGCCUGCCUGAGCAGGGCCCUCCCCGAGGACUACAAGGCGCAGGCCCUGGCCGCCUUCCACCACAGCGUGGAGAUCCGAGAGAGGCUGGGGGUGAGCCUGGGCGAGCGCCCCCCGACCCUGGUGCCCGUCACCCACGUGAUGAUGUGCAUGAACUGUGGCUGCGACUUCUCCCUGACGCUGCGGCGCCACCACUGCCACGCCUGCGGCAAGAUCGUCUGCAGGAACUGCUCGAGGAACAAGUAUCCCCUCAAGUACCUCAAGGACCGGCUGGCCAAGGUCUGCGACGGCUGCUACGGAGAGCUGAAGAGGAGGGGCGGGGACGCGCCCGUCCUGCUGAGAGAGCGGCCGGCCAGCAUGAGCUUCCCGCCGGCCUCGCACCGCCUGUCCAGCAGCGCCUUCUCGUCAGUCCUGCACAGCAUCAACCCCGCUGCCUUCCGGAAGCAGAAGAAAGUCCCGUCAGCGCUGGCUGAGGUGGCCGCGUCCGGAGAGGGCUCGGCCAUCAGUGGCUACCUCAGCCGCGGCAAGAAGGGCAAGAGGCACUGGAAGAAGCUGUGGUUCGUCAUCAAGGGCAAAGUGCUCUACACCUACAUGGCCAGCGAGGACACCGUGGCCACGGAGAGUAUGCCGCUGCUGGGCUUCACCAUCGCCCCCGAGAAGGAAGAGGGCAGCAGCGAAGUUGGACCCGUCUUCCACCUGUACCACAAGAAAACCCUGUUUUAUAGCUUCAAGGCAGAGGACACCAACUCGGCUCAGAGGUGGAUCGAGGCCAUGGAAAAUGCAAGUGUGUUAUAGCAGUUACCGAGCGCGUGGACUGAGGAGAAACUCUUAGUUGCGACAUGGAUCCUUCUGGAAACCGAGCCGCGUCUCCACUGGUCUGGACCACAUCUGGCCUCAGUGCAGAGCCCGGCCUUGUUUUGCUGUCACCUCCCUGCCCCCCUCCCCAAGUGGACCCUAAGGGAUAUUUAUGGACUGUUCCCCUUCUCUCUCCGCGUCCUCCACGCCACCGGCCGCCCGCGGGCAUCAACUGCGGCCUCACCCAGCCGCGAGUGGGAGUGGAGCCCAGCGCCGGAGGGAACUUUCCAGAAAGGUGGGCUGCUCUGGAGACGAGCUUGCCCGCCUUCCUCCUGGCGACGUGCCCGCCUUCCCGGCUACUGAUCAUGGUGCCUCAGGUGACAGAGAAACCACCAGCGGAUCUCUCUCGUCAGAAGCACUUUAUUCACAGUUCCCUGAGCUCCGGGGGCAGCUGGACCCCCACGGACCUGUCCACCGGCCCCGCGCGCGGGUCACUCGGGGCGUCCUUGGGGGGGUGGCUGGGGGGGGGAGCGCAUUGUCUCCGAGGGUGUCUGUGACAGUGCGUGUCCAGUGACUGAACAGGGGGACGCUGGGUCACUGCACGAGCCCUGGGAGCUCAGCCAGGUCGCCCCGAAGAGACAGGUCGGCUUUGAUCAGUUGUGCCUUCCUGCAUGUAGCCCACGAGCCCGAUGGCCACGGUGCCUGCCGUCCCCCUGCUGCUGACCGGAAGGAAGGCCUUGGUAGCCGCCAGCAGGGAGCCUCUCGCCAGGCAAACUUGUCGUCUGGCCGGGACUUGAAGACACUCUGGGUGCCCGGCUGGAGAUUGUCCUCAGAGCUGCAGUUCACGCAGGGUGUGACAUAAAACCGCGGGCGGGCGCGCUCCUUGUUUCUCUCCUCGAAAUAACUACACCAGGGGCAGGGGAGAGUGCAUGGGGGGCGAGGCACUUGCCUGGCAUGCAGGUUCCAGCCCCGGCACCACCCCGGGUCCCGCCAGGAGCGACCCCUGAGCAGCACAUCCAGGAACCAGCCCUGAGCACUGCUGGGUGUGGCCCCCAGUCAUCAGUCCAGCUGCGACAGCCUGCCCCCUCCUCCCGCCCCCCCAGCCCUUCACCCCAAAAGGCAUCUGCUGAGAAACCUUUUGUAAAAGCACCACCUCAAGGAAUUCUUUGCAUUAAAUAUUUUCAGGGGAGCUGGCUUGGGGCUUUCUUCUCCUCCUCUGUAGUUCUUUGCCCAAGUUUGCCUUGGGGACUGGGGGGUUAUACAGCUCGAGGUAGAGCGCGUGUGCCCAGUUCUGUCGGGCCGGGGUCUG